AUGUCUCUCCGUAUCGCUCCCACUCUCCGCACCGCGGCCCUCCGCCUCGCUGCCCCCCGCGUCGCCGCCCCCAUGCUCCGUCGCGGCAACGCCUCGGCUGCCGGCGGCCAGGGCCAGCAGCAGCAGCACAACCAGGGCAAGCAGGGCGGUGGCUCCAAGCUUCCUCUGAUCCUCGCCGCUCUCGCUGUCGGUGGUGGUGCUUACUACUACUUCGCUGAGAAGAAGCCUGCCGAGAAGGCUCAGGCUGUUAAGGAGCACACCAAGGCCGACUACGAGAAGGUCUACAAGGACAUUGCCGACUCCCUCGAGAAGGAGGGCUACGAUGGUGAGCUCAGGCGACGGAAUCUCGCUAACAUACAGACGGCUCCCUUGCCCCCGUUGUCCUCCACCGGUGGCUCGAACUACGCUACCAUGCGUUUCCCCGCUGAGUCUGGCCACGGUGCCAACGCCGGUCUGGGUGUCGCCCGUGACUACCUCGAGAAGAUCCACCAGAAGUACCCCUGGAUUUCGUACGGUGACCUCUGGACCCUCGCCGGUGUUGCCGCCAUCCAGGAGGCUGGUGGCCCCGUCAUCCCCUGGUCCCCUGGACGUGUUGACGGUCUUGAGGUCAACCAGACCCCCGAUGGCCGUCUCCCCGACGCCUCGCAGGGUGCCCAGCACAUCCGUGACAUCUUCGGCCGCAUGGGCUUCAACGACCAGGAGACCGUCGCCCUCAUCGGUGCCCACGCUCUCGGCCGCUGCCACACCGACCGCUCCGGCUACGACGGACCCUGGACCUACUCCCCCACCUCGUGGUCUAACGAGCUCUACCGCCUGAUGCUCGACAAGGGCCAGAAGUGGCACUUCAAGAAGUGGAAGGGCCCCCAGCAGUUCGAGAACAACGACAAGCAGCUCAUGAUGCUUCCCACCGACAUGGUCCUCAUCUCGGACAAGGGCUUCCGCCCUUGGGUUGAGAAGUACGCCAACGACGAGGACGCCUUCAACAAGGACUUCGCCAAGGCCUUCAAGACCCUCAUUGAGCUUGGUGUCCCCAAGGAGAACCUCAAGACCCAGCAGGGAUGGGCCAUGGGCCAGGAGGACGACAGCGACAGCAAGGACAGCAAGUAA